AUGGACGUUCUCUUAUGUACUGCUUCCGUUCUACACCUCGUGGCCAUUGCAAUCGAUCGUUAUUGGGCGGUUACUCGAGCGGAUUAUAGUCGAAGGAAUAACAAGAAAAUCAUCUUUGGAAUGAUUUUCGUGGUGUGGCUCACUUCAUUAUGCAUAUCUUUGCCUAGUCGAUUCUCUUUAACAGAAAACAGUAGACUUGAGAAGGAGGUGGCGAAUGAGAAAAUCUGUAGCAUCAACCCGAAUAAGGUAUAUACCGUGUUCUCAACAGCUGGCGCAUUUUUCUUGCCAAUGAUUUUCCUGGUGUGCAUCUACAUUAAAAUAUACUCAUCAGCGCGAAAGCGAAUUCGAAAACAAAAGUUUAAAUGGAUGAAAUAUCAUUCUACAGAUACUGAUAGGAUGGGUAACUUUGAAUCAACUGCAACCAUUACUGAUACGGCAACGUUAAGCGGACUUCCGCCUAGCCCUGUGAAGUCGAUAGCUAAUGGUAUUUCCAGUAAAAAGCUGAUCUUUUCCAUUGAAGCGGAAUAUUUUCACUACAGCGAUAAAGAUGCCUAUCUCUCAAGUCCUACAAUUUGGAUCGAUGAAGGCGAAGGCAAUGAUAAUGAGGAUAAUGCCAACUGUGGUCGUUGCCAUGCCAGCUCUCUAUUGCCGCGGCCCACAGAUGGGUCGAUAAUCCAAUCACCGUUCAUUCCUCAAUCACCUGCUCCAACCCCCAGACGUGCCUUUAACUACAUCCCUUUGAAUUCGCCAACUCAUGCCUCUAUUUCAAAACCAUCUCAAACACCUCAAUUUCUUCCUACCCUGCCGAAAGGAAGCGGUCGAAUGAUGACUGACAAUUCUAUGCCGGAAAGAAAACGAAAGCACGCUCUCGAUGCAAGCAUUGCCUAUGCAUUUAUGUCUGUCAAAAAGCGAUUAAUGAAUAGCCAACUGUCGGAAGUGGCGCUUGAAACGGUAUUGGCUAGACGUGAACGGUUGGAAAAUAGGCGAGAGCGUAGGGCGGCGCGAACACUGGCCAUCAUCACAGGUUGCUUUCUUCUCUGCUGGAUUCCAUUCUCGAUAAAUGCCCUGAUACAGCCAUUCUGCGGGGAAGCUUGCGAUUUACCGAGUUCAGGUGUGAAAUUCUUCCUCUGGCUAGGCUAUCUGAAUUCCCUGUUAAACCCCAUUAUCUAUACAAUCUUUUCACCGGAUUACAGGAAAGCCUUUGCCAAGACACUAAGUUGUACAUAUUGCCGUUUAAAAUAA